UCCACUUGAUUGAGCCUUUUCUACUUCUACUCUUUCUGCAUCCUUUAGAAGAAAUUUCAUUUUACUAAAGUUUUGAGUAGAGGUCUAUAUUUGGACAAAUAUAUUGUUUUACUUUUAUUCCCAGUAAAAUAGAUGUAAGUAAUCUCACUUUUUGGAAUUGAACUUAGUAUGUUGACUAGCAGAGUGGUUUCAGUCUUUGCGAUUGUAGAAUCUAUUCCUUGAGCAUCUUGUGUAACCCUCUAGGGGACACUAUCAAAUCUAGACCGACUCCGAGACUUUUCAAGUCGUUUAAGAUUUGUAAAGACAGGGUUAUUGACAAUUCAUUCAUCAAUUUUCAAUAAGCUUAUCGAUCUUCAAAAGAUGUAUCAGGAAAUACCUGAUUUGAAAUAAAGUCUCUAAUGAAAUGUUCAGUAUUAAUCAGUUUCUUACAUUCUGUACCCUAUCCUCGCUUGCUGGCUUGAAGAACUUUGGAUAUACUCCUUUGGAAUGAAUAUAUCCAAAAAUUCAUGUAAAGUGAGCAUCCCAUUAUUCUUCGAAUUAUACAGUUUGAAAACUUUUAAAUCUUGAAUUGCUCAUGGGGACACCUAAACUCUUCAAAUUUUGUUUAAAUUUCUUGAUGUCUAGGUAUUGUCUAGAUUCAUACUUGGGUUUGUCCUAUCUGUUCAGGUCAAACUGUUGUAGAAUAGGUUUUUCAUACUUGUCAAAGAAAGAGAAUAAGAGUAAAAAAUCAAGAUCAUAUUUUUUAUUAAGUUGAACCCUGAAUUUCUCUAAUUUCUUCUCAUGUUUAAAAUUUUUACAAUUUUCGAUAAGAAUUUUGAUUUUUUUUUACAAUUCCGAGGCUAAAAAUGGAAUUAAUUAUAAAACUUACACUCUCCUUCUCAUAGUUGUACUUCACGCUAUUUAAUUUGUUUGAAAUUGAUAAAUUAGCAUGACUCUUGCUUGAGCUUAUUCUCCUUGAACUCUUGGCUCCAAGAUCAAAGGACUGGAACUAAUAGUUUAAAUAAACUCAUAUUUUAGUCCUUACAUUUGAAGAAUUUCUAAGGUUGGGUAUAUCUUCACUCUUCUUAAAAAUGUAGCUCUUUUUCCAAAUUUCUGAGCUUAUUUAAGAAAAUCUUUCUCCUGAAUGAUCACCAGGAUGGCUCACUUCUUUUAUAAAUAUUCUCAGAUGGAUUCUUACUAAGGGGAUCUCGAACAAAUAGCUAGAAUCUGUUUUAAUCCUGGGCUUUUUGGAGCAUGGUUUCAUGAACUUAAUGAAAUCUUUAAACUAAAUUUCCCAUUGUCUGUGCUAUAAAUUCUCCUCAGAAUAGCUCCUACUAACUGGGCUGAGGAAUCACUAUUUUUUAGGUUAAAGAACUUUUUGAAGCUAUUAAGUGCUAUUAAAUGUUAGUACUUGUGAAUUACUCUGCUUUGCCAGUUGUUUCCAAGAAUACAGCCUUGUACUCAUACUCCUUGAUUAUGUCCAGGGCUGACAUGAAGUGUGCAAGCUCUUGGUAGAUUAGAGCCUAGGUUCAGAUAAGGUGCCUUGCAUCAUUUAUUAUCAGUGACUUUACGUAGUUCGAGUAUCGCAGAGGGCGGUUCUUGUUCUUCUUAAAUCUUAUUUAUAAUAUUAU